AUAUACUUUUAUGUUUAGCAUUAUUAUAAAACAUUAUCUUUAUUUCAGAGACAUGGCUAAGGUCCAUGUUUGCAAUGUGAUUGUACUUGAUAAUCCAAGUCCCUUCAGAAACCGGUUUCAGUUCGAAAUCACAUUCGAGUGCAUCGAGGAUUUAUGCGAGGAUCUCGAGUGGAGGAUUAUCUAUGUAGGAUCAGCAGAAUCGGAAGAGUUUGAUCAGGUGCUUGAUACAGUAUAUGUUGGACCAGUACCGGAGGGUAGACACAAAUUUGUAUUCGAGGCUGAUCCUCCGAACCCGGAGAAGAUACCAGAUGCUGAUCUUGUCGGAGUCACAGUUGUACUUCUUACCUGCUCCUACAGAUCUGCGGAGUUUAUCAGGGUUGGAUACUAUGUAAGCAAUGAAUAUCAGGUAGGAUACAUUUCUCAAUCCUUUCUAAACUCUCAUGUCUGGGUUGGAUACUAUGUUAGCAAUGAAUAUCAGGUAGGAUACAUUUCUCAAUCCUUUCUAAACUCUCAUGUCUGGUUCUCCAUCAUGAACUUUCUGCUGUCCAAGGUUUCAAUCCUAACCUUUCUCAAAGUGACAAAGUUUAAGAUCAAUUGGGAUUCAAAUACAGAAAACUCAGAGAAUGUUCCACCAAAAUUGAACCAGGUGAACGAGACCAAUCAGCCUAUGGAUGAAUCGUUGAAAGGUCUCCACAACCAAAACCAAUAAAAUACAGCAGAGGUUCCAAUGGAAUCAUAAAAUUCAUUCGGUCUGAUCUAAUUAGGAAAUUUAAAUGUAAUUCGUGAAUUAAAGACUCCAAAGAUUAAUCUAGGGGUUAAUAACCCCAGUUGAAG